AUGGAUGGUUCUUCUCGAGGGAGCCCAAGUCAUGUUGGUAUUGGUGGAGUUGGUUGGGAUAGUUCUAGCAUUGUUCAAUUUAUCUUUUUUGUUUAUCAAGGUCUUCAUACUAACAAUUUGAUGGAGGCUCUUGCUAUUUUAUAUGUUGUGGAACGAGGUUCUCAGCUUGGGUGGAGAAGGAUAAUUUGUGAGUCUGAUUCCCAGGUGGUGGUGAAUUUGAAGAAUAAGAAGACUUUCAGAGAUGUUAGUUGGCAUUUAGCUUUGAUUGUUAAACAAGUUCUCAAUUUGUGUGCUUCUUUGGAUUCUAUUUCUUUCACUCAUAUUCCUAGAGAAUAG